AUGUAUAAACUUAUCCUCGGUGUAUUCGCAACAGUGUUGGUUUGCGAAACAUCAUGUCAGUUCAUAUUCCCAACUUACCGACCUCCUCCGACACCGAGGCAACCCGUCAUCAUGAGAGCGAGAAGAGCUAAUGAUGAACCCCGGUGGCUAUUUCAAGGUGAUGAUUUCCCCAAAGCACCAGCAACAGGUGAUCAUCCAUUCCUGCCGAAGUACAUCGAUGAUAUCAAAUUGGAUCCAAAUAGAAGAGUAGCCCGCAGUUUGGGUACUCCUAGGGCUUCAAGGGGAGGUAGCACCCGUCAGUCUUCAAGCCACGACACAGGACCGACCCAUCCUGGAUAUAAUCGUCGUAAUGCAAGAAGCCUAGGCCCAAGUAGGCUGCCUACUCUACCUCCGUUUAAGCCUCAGCUUCCAGGACCCAAGUCUCCUUUUGACCCUAAACCAGUACGGUUUCCUAUUCUGGCCAGACAUUAA